AUGAGCUCUGGCGGAGGUGCUAGCACCGCCAAACCCGGCCCGCACUCCAAACCGGGCCAGGGCACCUUCUCAGCGGUCGCUCCGAGUAGCCACUCCAUCCUGCUCGACAAGCUCAACCGCCGGUCGACUCCCGAUUCUGAGGCUCUCGCGAGCUCAGACGAUGAGGCAGACGCUCAUCGGCAAGAACCCCCUCAGCCUGUUUCGCAGCCUCAGAAGCCGGUCAGGCGCGCGUCCUGGCUAAACGAUACCACGCAACCUCUACCGCGUCCGCGCAAGGGCUCUUUCGCCAGCAGUUCCAUGUCUCCCACGGCAUCUCACCCCAGCACCCCUUCGGCGGAAGGAAACGCGCCUUGGGGCUCACAUUCUCAGUCUUCCGGCGUCAUUGGUCGUGCUCCUGUUGCCGGAUCUACGUUUGCUUGGGGUACCGGUAUCUGGAACAACGACAGGAAGGAUCCACCUUCCCGCCUGAGUGAGGUUUUACCGUCGCCUACCUCGACCAUGCCUCCUGGUUCUGCUGGUGGCUCUUUCUUCAACGAGAAUAGUUUCGGACAGACAUCACCUGCACCAAGAGAUUCCGGUCCCAAUGCCCAGAUUCCGUUCGCGAUUCCCUUGCACCCGACACCCAAGACUUACCGUUCUCAGUCUUACUCGGUUGGACAGUUGGAACCCGACGCCCCUCCUGCAUCGAUGAGCAACUCGACAAUCCUCGGUCGCGGCCGUGCUCAUGGUCAUUCUGGUCUGCAGCAUCGUCCGUCCCGGCCUAGCAUGCUGAGCGAGAUGUCGAAUGACGGGGGACUGCUCGGAAAGGUGAAGGAGGUUGACGAUGACGACGAUGAGAGUGCGACGGAAUCUAUGCAAGGGUCCAUUCACCAGUCAGCUGAGGCGAAGACGAUCGAGAUGUUGGCUCGUGAAAACGCCAUCCUGCGCCAGCAGCAGCAACAGCAGCAGCAGCAACAACAACAACAACAACAGCAGCAGCAGCAGCAGCAGCAGCAGCAAUAUCAGAACCGCCUUCGGCCGAGGGCAUCGACUGGCGCCGCGUAUGGGCUUGGCAACGGCUACGCUUUUCGAGAAACGGUUCCAGAGGAGUCUGAAUAUGCCAUCGACGAGCUUGAUGAGGCCGGUGAUGGAGCUGACUUGGCGGCAAAGAGAGCCAUGGGUCGCAGAAUGAGUGAGUUUGGGGUAUCUGCAUUCCGCUCACCUUACGAGAACCGCAAGUUGGAGAAUGUCAAGAAGGCGUACUGGCACAGCUCCCUUGGAUUCGGAGGACCUGAGGGACAACAGAGCCGGAGACAUUCUUUCGCAGACAUCCCCACGCGUCAGGGGUCCAUCAGUUCCAUUAGUGAGACCGUCACCGGUCUAGACACACCCGUGGCGGAACAGCAACAACCUGUGGACUUCCCUGCGGGCUAUGGCGAGAACCCCAAUUAUGGCAACACUGCUGCGUACUUCACCCCUAGCGGAGGCUUGCAAGCUCCUCCAGCUAGUAUGUUCAGCAACCCUUUCCCGUCGCCGUAUGCUCAGAUGCAUUCGUCGCCGUAUGGGAACCGGGCGCCGUCGCCUCAUCGUAACGUCUACGCCAUGUCGCAACCGCGCCACAACCAGCUUCUCCACAUUGUCUUGUUCAAGUGUGCCAGAGCAGAUGUUUUUUACAUCCAGGAGGGCACCGGUCUUACGGUCAAGCCCGGUGAUCUCGUCAUCGUCGAGGCUGAUCGAGGAACCGACUUGGGAACAGUUGCGCGAGACAAUGUUGACUGGCAAACAGCCAAGGAGUUGAAGGAGCACUACGCCGAAGAGCAGUACAAGUGGUUGAUGAUGUACUCGCAAAACGCUGCUGCAGCCCAGGAUGGCACAGGCGCAGGCCUGAUGGCAGCUGCAAAUGGUCUUCAGGGUAGUGCCGUCGGCGGCAUGGGUCCCCCCAAUCAGCACCACAUGCAAGAGCCGAAUGCGGGAGAGCUCAAACCUAAAUUGAUCAAACGUCUUGCCCAGAGUCACGAGAUUCAUGCCUUGCGGGACAAGGAGGGCAACGAGGCCAAGGCCAAGCGGGUUUGCAUGCAAAAAGUGAAGGAGCAUGGGCUCAACAUGGAAAUUCUUGACGCUGAGUUCCAAAUGGAUUGGAAGAAAUUGACCUUCUACUACUUCGCCGACUCUUACAUCAACUUCAACUCCCUCGUCACGGACUUGUUCAAGAUCUACAAGACCAGAAUCUGGAUGUCGGCCAUUAAUCCGGCAUCAUUUGCCAGUCCGACUCUAGGCAUCCAGGCACCGAGCGGCGUGGGCCCGGGAGCUGUUGGUGUCGGACGCGGCUCAAACAACUCUGAGCGAAGGUCUAACCAGCAGCAACAGCAACAAGAACCGCAAGCUGGCGGCUUCAACGGAUCCGGUCCAGCCGGCCGCGGGUUCCAAAACUCAUUCACUCCCCCUUUCGGUGGAGACAGAUCUGGGCCAGGCGUCGGCUACAGCCAACCCAAUUACCCCUACUCCCACAUGGGCGGCCUGGGCAGCGCUCCCAGGCCUGGAAACAUGCCCUACGUGCCUGGAGUGAUGCCGUCGCUGGAUAGCUACAGCUUUCCGGGAACUGCCGACUACCAGAUGCGGACCCGUUUCGCCCCGGGACCCGACGGACCGGGACCUCAUGAGCAGGGUGUGGCCCCGAUGAACUCCCAGAACGACUGGGCCGCUGCCUUUCAGGGACUUUCGUUGAACAGCCUCAAAAUGGGUGCCCUCAAGUAUGUCGAAGAGCUCCAGAAGAAGAAGCAGUCCGAUGUGAUGCGCUUCCUUCUGCGCGUUCGCUGCUGGGAACUCCGUCAGUUGAACGUCAUCCACCGCGCCUCGCGCCCCUCGCGCCCCGACAAGGCUCGCCGCCUCGGUUACAAGGCCAAGCAGGGCUACGUUAUCUACCGUGUCCGCGUCCGCCGUGGAGGCCGCAAGAAGCCUGUCGCCAAGGGUGCCACCUUCGGCAAGCCCACCAACCAGGGAGUCAACCAGCUCAAGUACCAGCGCUCCCUCGCUGCCACCGCCGAGGAGCGUGUCGGCCGCCGCUGCGCUAACUUGCGCGUCCUCAACUCCUACUGGGUCAACCAGGACUCUACCUACAAGUACUACGAGGUCAUCCUCGUCGACCCCCAGCACAAGGCCAUCCGCACCGACCCCCGCAUCAACUGGAUCGUCAACCCCGUCCACAAGCACCGCGAGGCCCGCGGUCUCACCGCCACCGGCAAGAAGUCCCGUGGCCUCAACAAGGGUCACCGCUACAACAAGACCAAGGCCGGCCGCAGAAAGACCUGGAAGCGCCACAACACCCUGUCCCUGUGGCGCUACCGGUAA